UGCUCUCUCUCUCUCUCUCACGCUCGCAGAAGCGGAAAAAAUAUUAUAUUCUUAAAGCGCGAGCGAGAUGGGCGCCGGGAGCAGCCGCGCCGACGCGCCGCCGCGCCGCCGGGUGCGCCUCGCCCUCGCCGGGUGCUUCGGCGCCGGAUCCUCUGCAGAGGCCGCCGCCGCCGCCGGAGACGACGGGAGACCCGCCGCGGCCGCCGCCUCCUCCUCGCGCGCUCACGAGGUACAAUCUCAGCAAGCAGAGCGAGCAGCCAAUGUUUCAGGUUUUCGGGCUUCUGUAGCCGCUAAGGAUCUCCAUAUCUCCAGUGCGAUAGAUCCAAGAAUCCAUUCGUCUUCAAGCACCAUAAGCCAUCAUCUCCGAUUUAAUCACAUCAACUGUCAUGAAAACAAGGAAGAUGGCCUGGGGACUGAAAACGCUCAAACGAGUGGCCUUGGAAGCUCAUCAGGAAAAGCUGUUAUGCUUAGGGGAAAUUACAGUAAUGAAGCUGGUAAUGUUGACAGGACAUCUAGAGAGGGAAUAAGUUCUAUAGGGUCAGAGCUGGAAAAUGUUGCUAACACAGUCUGCAUUAACGAAAUAGGUGGUUCAAUUUCUGAAUCUGAUUUCCAACCCUCGUUGAUGACAUCUGAAAGGAUCAUGACUGACUUAGAAGAAGCAGAGAUAACUCCCCAAGGGACUUCAUCCACAACUGUCAUGCCAAGUGAAGGAUCAGAUAUAUCUCAAUCUAGCUUAACAUCUAUGUUGCCUAACACUUCAACUACUUCAUCUGUGAUUGGAGAAUCAACACCUGAUUCAAUCCCUACCAGAGCAGAUGUUCCCAUAUUCAGUGGGCCACAUGGUCAGAGUGGCGGGAGUAUAUUACAUGAUGACAUGGUGAGUAUUUUCUCAAAUGAUGGUCUAGGUCGCUCUAGAGAUUCAAGCAGCAGCGAAACAAGAAGUCAUAGAAGGGUUCUAUGGGAUGCGUUUUCCAGACGUGGCUCUAGAGGUUAUCCAGAAUCUGAUUCUGAUGACCUGGGAUUUUACAGCACAUGGCUAGACCUUGGUGAUGACCUUUUUGGAGAGUUGGAGGGGUCAAGAUAUUUUCAUCGCAGACGCCAUGGUUCAAUCAGAGUAAGCCAGUAUUCAAGAUCCCGGAUUAGGGAGCAUCGUCGUGCUGUUUUCGAUAGUAGCAAUGAGCUAAGUACUGCUGCUUGUCCUUUGGGGAUUCACCAAAUUGGCCGAUGUACUUGUGAUUCUUUCUUGAUUGCUGAAGAAUCUAGUGCACGAGCAAGUAUAUCAAGAAUUGUCAUGUUAACUGAGGCAUUAUUUGAGGUGUUGGAUGAAAUUCACCAUCAACCUGCAUCACUUUCACUUUCCAUGGUCUCUGUUCAGGCUCCUGAAGCUGUAGUUAAUUCAUUGCCAUCUAAGAACUACAAAAAGCUUGAGACACCCCAAUGCAGUGAUGAUAUGGAACAGUGCCAUAUCUGCUUAACUGAAUACGAGGACGGAGAACAGAUAAGAACUCUUCCGUGCAAACACGAGUUUCACUUGCAGUGUGUUGACAAGUGGCUUAAAGAAAUACACAGGGUGUGCCCGUUGUGCCGCGGGGAUGUCUGCGAAGUUGCCACUUGAAGACCUUGACGCUGCCAUGCCUCCUGCCGAAAAACAUCGGCAUCCGGCGCUGCUUCACGGUGGAAGCUGGUUCAGUCGGGCAUCGCCGCAUCGGUGAUCCUAUCAUCUGUGACACCGCCGGGUCUCUCUGCCGAAGAGAAUAACCAAAUUUGCGACCACUGCGUCCUUUCCUGUCAACAUACAAGAUACAAAGACUUGUAUAUAGCUUUUGUAGCCUCCCCCUGUAUGGCGACCUGUACAUAUGCGUAAAUUCUAGAUCCAAUUUUAUUCUACUCGAUGCUGGAGCUUCGCCAUUAGGUGUAGGUGUUCACUUUUGUCAAAGAACCUUCCAGCAUUCGUCACCGUGUACACUUAGCUUUGAAAGUGACUGGAAGCCAAACUAAAAUCAUGCAUUUA